AUGCCCGACGCUAAGCGAUCUGUCGACUCGGCUAGGUUGGAAAUCAUACUCAUCGCCAUUGUGGUCUUCGUACUCGUCUUGCUCCUCGCUGUCUUCAUCGUAAUUGGCGCCGGCUACAGAACACCUCGAGGGACUCGAGAUGCUAAGAACGGACAGCGUGAGACGCACUGGAAUAUGUUGCACCAGGCAGAUCAAGGAGAUGGAACAUAUCAUGACCAUGAGGCUUCAUUCAUCAAGAGUGUCCGAAGGCGAAGCCAGUCUUUGGCUGAAGAGCUCCGCUUGGAGCUGAUUAACCUAAAACGCAACCUAUCUUUACUUACAAUCCCCUCGAGGAGCCGGCUGGAAAACACAAACACAAGCGGAGCGCGAAGAUUUAGCAUUGACCAGUUACUGAGUUUCUCCACGAAUAGCUCAGAAUUAGUCACAGACUGUGAGAGCUGCUUUGAGUACCUGGACUCCCCGCUGUCCGCAACAGGAAGGGACGAGGACGCUAUGGGGACACAGAGAAGGCAGAUUCGACCAACGAUGAACGCAGCAACAUAUGAGGAGGCGCAACAGUGGGACAGCCCCUUGUUGUAGACUACAGGG